AUGGGGAGUAAAGCGCUGGCCAAAAGGCAUCACUCCAAACCCAUGUGCCAUAAGGUGUACCUGUGCUGCGUACUGCUACUGCUCAUUUUCACGCCGCGAGUGGAUUCUUCAUGGUGGUACAUCGGUGCGCUGGGGGCCCGGGUGAUCUGCUCCCAUAUCCCUGGCCUGGUCAGCAAACAGCGACAGCUCUGCCAGAGACACCCGGACCUGAUGCAGUCCAUUGGGGAGGGGGCCAAGGAGUGGAUCAAAGAGUGCCAACACCAGUUCAGACACCACCGCUGGAACUGCAGCACCCUGGACCGCGACCACAGCGUGUUUGGCCGAAUCAUGCAUCGGAGCAGCAGAGAGGCGGCCUUCGUCUACGCCAUCUCGUCAGCCGGAGUGGUUUAUGCCAUCACCAGAGCGUGUGGGCAGGGGGAACUGAAGAUGUGCGGCUGUGACGAGAGGAGAGGCCAGGGCACGGAUCACAGAGGCACCUUCGACUGGGGCGGCUGCAGCGACAACAUCCACUACGGCAUACGCUUCGCCAAAGCCUUCAUUGACGUCCAGGAGAGGAGAGUGCGAGACGCCCGGGCCCUCAUGAACCUGCACAACAACCGCUGCGGGCGCAUGGCAGUGAAGCGCUUCAUGAAGCCUGAGUGCAAGUGUCACGGGGUGAGCGGCUCGUGCUCCCUCCGGACGUGCUGGAUGGCCAUGGCCGACUUCAGGCAGACGGGCGACUACCUGUUCAAGAAGUACAACUCUGCGGUGGAAGUCAUCAUGAACCAGGACGGUACGGGCUUCAGAGUAGCAGAGCGAGACUACAAAGGGAACAUCAAGAACGAGCUGGUCUACGUGGAGAACUCUCCGGACUACUGCCUCAUGGACCGAGCAGCAGGCUCCUUGGGCACGGCUGGCCGAGAGUGCAACAAGUCUUCCCGUGGGACGGACGGUUGUGAGGUCAUGUGCUGUGGGCGGGGCUACGACACGAUGCCCGUCAAACGUGUGACUAAGUGUGAGUGCAAGUUCAAAUGGUGCUGCGCGGUGGAGUGUCAGGACUGUGAGGACGAGGUGGACAUCCACACGUGUAAACCCCACAAGAGGCCCUAA